AACGAAAGUGAAAUCAAAACAUUGACUUAAGCCAUAUGAUACCUGAAUUUCAUACAUUUGACUUUUGAAUCUCGUUUAGCAUUUAGCAAGAGUUUCAGUGCUCUGAUCCAAUUUGCAAAACAAGAGAAGAAAUGGCCUUAGCUAUGGUGGGAGAGGCACUUAUCUCUGCUUCUGUUGAGAUCUUAAUAAAAAAGAUAGCUUCAAGAGAGUUUCGAGAUUUCUUCUCCAGCAGAAAGCUGAAUGUUUAUGUGUUGGAUGAGUUGAAGAUGAAGUUGUUGGCACUUAAUGCUGUUCUUAAUGAUGCUGAAGAGAAGCAGAUCACUGAUCCUGUAGUGAAGGAAUGGCUUGAAGAAUUGAAAGAUGCUGUCUUGGAUGCAGAGGAUUUGUUGGAUGAAAUCAACACAGAUGCUUUGAGAUGCGAGGUGGAGGGAGAAUCUAAAACAUUUGCUAACAAGGUCAGAUCAGUGUUUUCUUCUAGCUUUAAAAAUUUCUAUAAGAGCAUGAAUUCCAAGCUUGAAGCAAUUUCCGAAAGGCUGGAACAUUUUGUGAGACAAAAAGAUAUUCUUGGCUUGCAAAGUGUUACUAGGAGAGUCUCUUAUAGAACAGUAACAGAUUCGUUGGUUGAAUCUGUUGUGGUUGCUAGAGAGGAUGACAAGGAGAAACUACUGAGCAUGCUUCUAUAUGAUGAUGAUGCCAUGUCUAAUGAUAUAGAAGUGAUCACAGUAUUGGGCAUGGGAGGUCUAGGAAAAACAACCCUUGUUCAAUCCCUUUACAAUGUAAGUGAAGUGCAGAAACAUUUUGAUUUGACAGCUUGGGCAUGGGUGUCUGAUGAUUUUGAUAUUCUUAAGGUAACAAAGAAAAUUGUUGAGUCUCUCACAUUGAAAGAUUGUCAUAUUACUAAUCUUGAUGUUCUUCGUGUUGAAUUAAAGAAUAACCUAAGAGAUAAGAAAUUUUUGCUUGUGCUUGAUGACCUUUGGAAUGAAAAGUACAAUGAUUGGCAUCAUCUAAUAGCACCUUUUAGCAGUGGGAAAAAGGGAAGUAAGAUCAUUGUGACAACCCGACAACAAAAAGUUGCACAAGUCACACAUACAUUUCCCAUUUAUGAGCUGAAACCUCUUAGUGAUGAAAAUUGUUGGCACAUACUGGCAAGACAUGCAUUUGGAAAUGAAGGUUAUGACAAAUAUUCAAGUCUAGAAGGAAUUGGUAGGAAAAUUGCAAGAAAAUGCAACGGCCUACCAUUAGCUGCUAAAACAUUGGGAGGUCUUUUGCGAUCAAAUGUUGAUGUUGGCGAAUGGAAUAGAAUCCUGAAUAGCAAUUUGUGGGCACAUGAUGAUGUUUUACCAGCUUUACGCAUAAGUUAUCUCCAUCUUCCUGCACAUUUGAAAAGGUGUUUUUCCUAUUUCUCAAUUUUUCCAAAACAUCGUUCGCUGGAUAGGAAGGAAUUGAUUUUGUUAUGGAUGGCUGAAGGCUUUCUUCAACAUAUCCAUGAAGAUAAGGCAAUGGAAUCAUCUGGUGAGGACUGUUUUAAAGAAUUAUUAUCUAGAUCCUUAAUUCAAAAAGAUAUUGCUAUUGCAGAGGAAAAAUUUCGAAUGCAUGACCUCGUCUAUGAUUUAGCUAGACUUGUAUCAGGAAGAAGUUCUUGCUACUUUGAAGGCAGUAAAAUUCCAAAAACUGUUCGCCAUUUAUCAUUUUCUAGGGAGAUGUUUGAUGUCUCUAAAAAGUUUGAGGACUUCUAUGAGCUAAUGUGUUUGCGGACCUUCCUACCACGUUUGGGAUAUCCAUUAGAAGAAUUUUAUUUGACCAAAAUGGUAUCACAUGACUUGUUACCAAAACUUAGAUGCUUGAGAAUACUGUCAUUGUCUAAAUACAAAAAUAUCACUGAGCUGCCCGUUUCAAUUGACAGUUUGUUGCACUUGCGGUAUCUGGAUCUGUCCUACACUUCCAUUGAAAGCUUGCCCACUGAAACAUUUAUGCUUUACAAUUUGCAGACAUUGAUACUAUCAAAUUGCGAAUUUCUUAUUCAAUUGCCACAGCAGAUAGGAAAUCUGGUUAAUUUGCGUCACCUUGACCUCAGUGGCACUAAUUUGCCAGAGAUGCCAGCACAAAUCUGCAGACUACAAGAUCUUCGUACUUUGACAGUUUUUAUUGUUGGAAGACAAGAUGGACUAAGUGUUAGAGAUUUAAGGAAUUUUCCUUAUCUGCAGGGUCGGCUUUCCAUUUUGAACUUGCACAAUGUUGUUAAUCCUGUGGAUGCAUCUCGUGCCAAUUUAAAGAACAAAGAGAAGAUUGAGGAGCUUAUGCUGGAAUGGGGCAGUGAACUACAAAAUCAGCAGAUUGAAAAAGAUGUACUUGACAACUUGCAACCAUCAACUAAUUUAAAGAAACUCGACAUCAAAUAUUAUGGUGGCACUAGCUUUCCAAAUUGGAUCGGAGAUUCUUCAUUUUCAAACAUCAUAGUCCUUCGUAUUAGUGAUUGCAACAAUUGCUUGACACUUCCAUCAUUUGGACAACUACCUUCCCUCAAGGAGCUUGUCGUCAAAAGGAUGAAAAUGGUGAAGACAGUUGGUUAUGAGUUCUACAGCAGCAAUGGAGGUUCUCAGUUGUUACAGCCAUUUCCAUCGUUGGAGAGUUUGGAAUUUGAAGAUAUGUUAGAGUGGCAGGAGUGGCUACCAUUUGAAGGUGAAGGCAGCUACUUUCCUUUUCCUUGUCUCAAACGUUUGUAUCUAUACAAGUGCCCCAAGCUGAGAGGAAUCUUGCCCAAUCAUCUACCUUCAUUGACAGAGGCUAGUUUCUCAGAGUGCAACCAACUAGUGACAAAGUCAUCUAAUCUGCACUGGAAUACAUCAAUUGAAGCAAUACAUAUUAGAGAGGGACAAGAAGACUUGUUGUCUAUACUUGACAAUUUCUCUUAUUGUGAACUAUUCAUUGAAAAGUGUGAUAGCUUGCAGUCUUUGCCUAGAAUGAUACUAAGUGCAAAUUGUCUUCAAAAGUUGACUCUUACAAAUAUCCCAUCUUUGAUUUCCUUCCCAGCUGAUUGUUUACCCACAUCAUUGCAAUCACUUGACAUUUGGCACUGUAGAAAGUUAGAAUUUCUAUCCCACGAUACAUGGCAUAGAUUCACAUCACUUGAAAAGCUAAGAAUAUGGAAUAGCUGUCGUUCCUUGACAUCCUUUUCAUUAGCUUGUUUCCCUGCCCUUCAAGAACUUUACAUCCGUUUUAUUCCCAACUUGGAAGCAAUUACUACUCAAGGUGGAGGAGCAGCUCCCAAAUUAGUUGAUUUUAUUGUCACUGAUUGUGACAAACUUAGAUCACUACCAGAUCAGAUUGAUCUCCCUUCCCUUGAACACUUGGACCUUUCUGGGCUUCCAAAGCUAGCAUCAUUGUCCCCAAGGUGUUUCCCUUCCAGUUUACGAUCACUUUAUGUUGAUGUUGGUAUACUAUCAUCUAUGUCUAAACAAGAGAUAGGUUUGGUAUUCCAAUGCCUCACUUCUCUGACACAUCUUUUAUUUAAGGGUCUCAGUGAUGAAGAUCUUAUUAACACUCUUCUGAAGGAGCAAUUGCUGCCUAUUUCUCUCAAAAUUCUGGUCCUGCACAGUUUUGGUGGUUUAAAGUGGUUGGAAGGAAAAGGGCUUCAGAAUCUCACUUCUCUCCAACAGUUGUACAUGUACAAUUGUCCAAGCUUUGAGUCCUUACCUGAAGAUCAUCUUCCUUCCUCUCUUGCAGUACUCAGUAUGCGGGAGUGUCCUUUACUGGAAGCAAGGUAUCGAAGUCAGAACGGGAAAUACUGGUCUAAAAUUGCUCACAUUCCUGCAAUCAAGAUAAAUGAAAAAGUGAUAAUAUGAGCUGUUGCAUGAAUAAGAAUCCUCUAAAGUUGGUAGCUGAGAUGAGACUGGACACGCGUUUCUUCAUAUUUGCUUGCUGAGAUGGUGUUAGAUUACUGUGUUAUUCAAUUCUCUGGUCCGUAUUUCAAUCUUCUUAUCUCAUAGCUUUUGCCACUUCCAGAAGGUUUCCCUUGAACAAGCUGUACCAAACAUCAAAUUUUUCUCUGUAUAACUGGUAAUUGGUUGAACUAAACCUAUGGUUUGUUGAGGUUAUUAUCCAGUUAAGUAGUUUUUCUGGGGUGAACUAUUUCUAAAACCAGAAUGUUAUUCUAUUUAUGAUGUUUUUGUUGAACUAUCUAAACCUUUAUAUGCAUAACAGAAACUAGAAUUUGUGUUAGACUUCAAUGUUGUUUAUAGUGUUUUCUUUUCAUAAAAUG